CGUGCUUAGAAACCCCAUAGCAACGCCAUGCUGGACUGCAAGCAUUCCAGUAAACAAAAGGUCAAGAGAGGACACGCACGUGUGGUUUCAAACAGUUCUUAGAGCUUUAUAAAAGAUUAAUUCCCUCUGUUAUCUGCCGUUCUUGGUUAUAACCUUCGUGAACUAUAGUUUUGGAGUUCAUUUAGGCUGAAGUGCGGAUUUUAACUGCCGUUUUGGACUUUUUUUUACGGCCGACGCUUACCGCCACGGACAAAAUGGCGGCCAGUCAAGGUAUGUGUUGAUAAAAAAACACCUAUAAAGCUAGUUUUAUUGCGUGUAAUGAUCGGAAAUUACUGCAAUGUACUCUUCAUAUAAUCUAAAAAGAUUUAUACAAGUUUCAAGAUCUUUACAACCCGAAAAGGGAACAAAUUUUGUGCAUUAAGAGAUAGUAUACUCACGUUACAUAAAGCACGCAAAGCGUCUCUAUCACUUUAUCUCUCUUACUCUUUCCGAAGGUAAUCUAAGUUGAAAUACUGCUCUUUCGAUAAUAUUUUAUUCAUUUUUACACAAAUAACAGAUGACCAAGAGACACAAGACAUUUCUCGUCUCCCAAGUCUUUCAUUUGAAGAUGUGAUAACAUACUCAAAAGACAAGUCCGGCUGUAGCAACACAUCCAAGGCGAUGAAGUUUAUGGCCGAACCGGGCUAUCUACAUGAUCUUAAAGUUACUUAUAUUGGAGAUAGUUCAAUUAUUACAAGCAAGUGCUACCGCUUAAUGAGAAAAAGUGAGCCACCUCAUAACUUGGAAGUUACAAUUUAUUUGACUGGGGAUAAUUCAACUGCUGGACGAUGCUCCUGUGUUGCUGGUAUUGGUGGAUUUUGCCACCAUGUCAUAAGUUUGUUAUAUUACAUAUCCCUUUUAAAGCAGCUUGGGCACAAAUCAAUCCCAGAUGAACUCACAUGCACAAUGAUGAAGCAAAGAUAGAGUGUCCCACGUGGUAAGAAGAUUGAACCUUCACAGAUACAAGAUGUAUUGGUUAAGAAACCUCAAAUGGGUGCAGCUUAUGGCAAGUUCAAAAAAAGUACACUCUACUCACCCGCAACUAUGUAUGGGUUUUUGACAAAGGAAACUUUCAAUGGUCUUGACCCACAGCCCCUAUUUGCAAAUAUUGUUCCACAUGAAAAUCAACUAGGCAAUGUUCCAUUUGUUCCAUGCAAGUUUGGUAAUGUGCCGAAAGGAUCUGUACUUUCUUACCAGCAAAAAAUGUCAACGGAGUACAUUAUAAAUGACUUUACUUGUACUGCUUUUCCAAAUCUACCACUUGAUAGUGCUGCGCAAGAAUUCGACAAUAACUAUUCGGGACUUCCACUUACUGCUAGUAAGCAAGCUGCACUAGAGUCCUUGUCCAUUUCAAUGGAGACUUCUUUAAAAGUGCAAGAACAGACAAUUACUAAGUAUGGAAAAGUGGCAACCAAGUACUAUGUUAUCACAACGAGUACCCGACAUUGCGGGUGUCAAACUCCAACAAGAACUCUGGACGAUCGUAUUUUUGCUGCAGGCAGAAGCAUGAUAAAUGUAAAUAUUUCCUACUAGUGGCUCCCGUGAAAUAUAAACAAAAACCAA